AUGGCAACGCAAAACCAAGACCGCCUGCGCACGCACUUCUCCUCUCUCGACACAACCCCCACCGCGCAGAGCUCUGGGUGGGACUCGCUCUGGGAAAGCGCGACAUUCCUCCCCUGGGACAGGGGCUACGCAAACCCCGCGCUCAUCGACCUUCUCGCCAACCCUUCCUCUCCACCAGUCUCGAGCGAUCAGAAUCCCACGCCCGGCGCACCAGCAGCCGGCUCCGCACCAUCGCCCAUCGAACUGCCUCCACCAGUUGCAAAAGAUGGACGCAGAGCCAAAGUCCUAGUACCAGGCUGCGGAAAGGGCUACGAUGUAGCGUUGUUCAGUGCGUAUGGGUACGAUGCGUACGGCCUGGAGGUCAGUUCGCACGCUGCCAAGGCUGCGGAGCAGUAUCUCGCAAACGCUGGAUCGGGAUCGUUGGAAAGCGAGUACUCGUCGAAAGACGGCGGCGCGGGGAAGGGGAAGGCAGUUUGCUUGGUGGGAGACUUUUUCGACGAUGCGUGGUUGAAGGAAGCCGGCGUUCAGGGGAGCGAUGGGUUUGACGUGAUAUACGACAACACGUUUCUAUGCGCGCUCCCGCCCGACCUGCGCCCAGCCUGUGCCAAGCGCAUCUCCUCUCUCCUCGCAAAGACAGGGACACUCAUCUGUCUCGAGUUUCCCACGCACAAGCCCGCUUCCUCAGGCGGCCCGCCGUGGUCGCUCCCACCCACCGUGCACGCGGAGCUGCUCAAGCGGCCAGGCGAGGAGAUAUCGUAUGACGGGGGUGGCGUGGUGGUAGCUACGGAUCGCGCUGCGGGAGAAGGCGCGCUGGUGCGGGUGGCGCACUACACACCACGGCGGACACACGACGUUGGUGUGAUUAAGGGCGUGGUGCGGGAUGGUGUGAGCGUGUGGCGGCAUACGUAG